CACGGCUCACAACUCAUCUCCGACGACGCCCCAGCAAAUGCUGUCCAGACAUGCACAUCCCUCUCUUCGCCACCUCAGCUGACGUCAGGCCACUCUUAAUAGCGAGGUCUGCUGUUGAUGCGAUACGAGACACUCCCCAGGCGGCAUCGCUCUCGCAGGAGCUCGACAGCAACGCAGCGUCUUAUAUCCGCGUUUCGGCCAUCUCCAUCGCGGCCUACGAUUACCUGGUGACCUUGCCUGCCGAGUGGAGGUUCUACAAAGGCCAGAAACUGCUGAGACUGAGUCCUGGUUGCAUUUUGUUCAUUUUGAUACGCUAUCUGAGUGUCACUGUGUUGACGGUUGGCAGCGUCGGUUACUUUGGCGAAUUUUCUGAGGAGGAGUGUCAGAGGUAUUUCCUAGUGGGCCCGAUAUUCAAAGUCUUGCAGACGAUUGUCUCGCAGAUUAUCUUGGGAUUGAGAACAGUUAAUAUUGCUCGGCGGUCAACAUGGGUGACAUGGACACUGCUUGUACUGUUUACUUGCGUAUCAGCUGCGGAAUUCCUCACGAAUCUUUUUCAUCGGGACUAUGUCCAAAAUACUUCCCACAAUUGUACCGGGGGAGAGCACUCAAAAUACCUAUCGACGUGGGUUUACUACGUCUUGGCGAUGUUCUAUGAUGUCGUCACUCUUGGGAUAUCGACAUUUUAUUUAAUACGUUAUACUGAGCCAUCUGGGAGACUAUCUGAGCUCGUGAGACUGAUGCUAUAUGAUGGGAUUGGGUAUUUCGUCGUGUUGACGGGUGUGAACAUCUUCAAUCUGCUGCUGUUCAGGACAACCGAUGAGCUCACCCAGGCUUCAGGUACGUGUCUUGGUGAAGCCGUCACGUGGAUCAUGAGCCAAAGGAUGCUCAUUCAUCUACGAGAUGCCGCCGCAGAGCGCCGUCGUGUCACACACAACAUAUCGUGCCGUAUACGUUCCGGCCGCUCGAUCUCGUACGCGAUGCGCUCACAGAGAGAGUCAGAACCGAAGGACGGACACCGGAUCGAUGAAGGCCUUGCGAUCACGAAUGCCGCAGAGGACGGGCACGCGAGCACGGUCGCCGAACUUGCGGAUGUUGAGCUCAAUGUGCAUGUGGAGGUCGAGCACAGCGUGAUAGUGGAGUGCGAUGCACAUGGUGACGGCGUCGGAGCGGAGGGUACUUGUGUCCAUACCCGUCGUUCUAGGACGACAUGGGUGGAAGGCGGGAAGGCGCCAUCGAGCACGUUGGGGACGCUCGGAUGCUGACCGUAGAAAAAGGCUCAGCGUGAUAGAAUACGUAGCCGACUUAACAUCAUGCGUUACCUAUUAUUUGCGCGAUUUUCAUCCCCGUGUCUUUGUUCUUGUUGUGUAUGCUUUCCUGUUUCUCUUUGCUCCAUACAACUUAGAACGCAUCUCCGCUUGACCAUUAGAGGCGAGCACAUUUCUCUG